AUGUUUUAUUCGUGAUUGAAAUAAUGAUUUUGAAUAAAAAUAAAAUAAAGCGAAUCAUGAAUAAAAUAAUUGUGUAACACGUUGAAGCGAAAACAUCAUGUGCAUUGGAAAGUGUUGCGGGAAGGGCGCUAACAAUGAUAACAUACCGUACGGACCUGGAGGAUUUCAACAGGGUUAUCAGCAGUUUCAGCAGGGGGGUGGUUACCAACAAGGAUACCAGCAGGGAGGUUACCAACAGGGGUACCAACCAAAUCAGGGCUAUCAGUAUCAACAAGGGGGAUAUGACCAGAGCCAGGGUUAUCAACAAGGGGGAGGAUUCCAGGAUCAAGCGAGCCAAGCCACUCGAGCUGCUGAAUCGCAUUGCCCGAAAAUCGACAAGGAGCAUUUGAUAACGUGCGGCAAACACAUCUUAGAAUUGAUCAAGAAGUACAUGGGCCACGGGCACGGCGGUGGCGGUGGCGGUGGCGGUGGCGGCGGUGGCGGUGCCGGUGGCGGUGGCGGUAGACCUGGAUAUUCCGGGGGAGGAGGCUACGACGGGCAGAAUAAAGGCGGGGAUAAUGUUGGAUCUCCUAGAUUUGGGGAACAGAAAAAUGCCGAAGAAGACACGGAUGAUGAGCACAAAAGAGAUGAACACACCGAUGAUGAGCACCACACCGAUGAUGAGCACCACACUGAUAACGAUGAUGACCAUGAAGACCAUAAUGAUCAUGAGGACCAUGAUGAUCAUGACGACCAUGACGAUCACCACGACCAUGACGAUCACCACGAUAAACGCCAUUAAAAAUGUAAAAACCAUUUAGUUACUGUGUGCCUAUAAUGGAAAAAUUUGAUAAUGGCGGCUAAGCGUGGGUUAUUUUUAGAGCUACAAAGGAAAGUAUUGAAGAGAGACGAUUGCGAGAAAGUAGCUAUUAAAUAUUGAAUAUUUUAUAAAUAAUCAAUAGAAAAGCAAAGAAUGCUUGUCAAUUAUGCUCUACAUGGCGGAGGAACUUUUUAUAAAAUUUAAACAAUAGCUUCAAUUUUAAAUGAUUUACAGUUAGAAGUAGAAAAUCGUAAUGUUCCAAAAGACUUACCGCUAAAGGCUUAUGGCCUUUGUGUUCCAUAAGUCUAAAGUUUGCACACUUUUUAACAAGCAUUGUUUUAGAAAGCUAAAAUAGAUUAUCGCCAUUUUUUCAAGUUUUUAAUAGAAAAUGAGAUGGAAUUCUAAUGAGGCUCAAAUAUUUUAAAGGCUUUUAGUCUAAAUAAUGCUACUUUUAAGUAUCAAGGAACAAAAUGACUUGUUAAUUGAAUGAAUUCGUGCGUUAAAAGCUCCCGCAACACUUAACAUUGCAACAUGGUUAAUGAUUCAAAAGAUAAUUUGAUCC